AUGGCUCAAUUCUUUCCGGACCAAUUCACUCCCCAAAAACGAAGCACAAUUUUUAUUCAACCAAAGACCAGACAACACAAUCCCAAUAUGUUUCUGUUCAUGCCUCAAAUUUUCCGCCAUAACAAAUUUACCGUGGAGAAGGCUGAAGAUGUCCUCUCUUUCCGCGCUGCACCACUCGCACAGCCCAAAAAAGGUUUUCGGAUCGUUUGCGCACCAUUCCUCUUCCACAACAACGAUAUCACGAUUCGAAAUCAGAAACUGAAUGAUGGCAUUCAGUACAAUAGUCCCAAGUAUUCUGACAGUAUCAUUGGCGACACGUGUGCCGAUGGCUUCCGGCACUCAACACACAGCAGAAUGAUGCUUGAGGGAACAGGACAUGAAGAGGAGUUGCAACAGACGACGUUGAAAAUUGCUGAAGCUAGGGUUAAUUUUGAGAAGUCGAUGGAUAUGCUAUAUAAAGAAUUGAUUUUGGCAAAGAAUAUGUGA